AUGCGGCGGCUGAGCCGGCGCCUGGCGUUGUCCGCCUUGGGGGUGCUGUGGAUCGCGGCUCUCCUCCUCUUCUUCGGGACCAGGAGGAAGUUGCAAGCGGCCCGACCCGAAGGGCACCCCGCCCAGGGCUCCGAUAUUGAUUGGGAUGACCUCUGGGAUCAGUUUGAAGAAAGGAAAUACCUGAGUGCCCGGAAAUGGAAGGGUGGAGAGGAUCCAUAUCGGCUGUAUGCCUUCAACCAGAGGGAAAGCGAGAGGAUUCCCAGUGACCGCGCCAUUCGGGACACUAGACACCACAGAUGUACUACUUUGCACUAUCGUAAAGAUCUGCCUCCAACUAGCAUCAUCAUCACCUUCCAUAAUGAAGCCAGGUCAACACUACUAAGAACCAUAAGAAGUGUUCUGAACCGAACCCCUGUUCAUCUGGUCCAUGAAAUCAUAUUGGUGGAUGACUUCAGCGAUGAUCCGGAUGAUUGCCACUUGCUGGUCAAGUUACCCAAGGUGAAAUGUUUACGCAACAGGCAGAGAGAAGGUUUGAUCCGAUCCCGUGUCCGAGGAGCAGACGUGGCACAGGCAGGAGUUCUGACUUUCUUAGACAGUCACUGUGAGGUGAACAAGGACUGGCUGCUGCCUCUUUUGCAGAGGAUCAAAGAGGAUCCAGUCCAUGUGGUGAGUCCCGUUAUUGACAUCAUCAAUUUGGAUACUUUUGCUUAUGUGGCAGCUUCUUCAGACCUGAGAGGAGGAUUUGAUUGGAGCCUACAUUUUAAAUGGGAACAACUUUCUCCAGAGCAGAAGGCAAAGCGAACUGACCCUACGGAGCCCAUCAAGACUCCUAUCAUUGCAGGGGGACUUUUUGUGAUUGACAAGGCCUGGUUCAACCAUCUUGGAAAAUAUGACCCUGCCAUGGAUAUCUGGGGUGGAGAGAACUUUGAAAUUUCAUUCCGGGUGUGGAUGUGCGGAGGAAGCUUGGAAAUCAUCCCCUGUAGUCGGGUUGGGCACGUCUUCCGAAAGAAGCAUCCCUACACCUUUCCUGAGGGAAAUGCUAACACCUAUAUAAAAAACACCAAGCGCACCGCUGAAGUGUGGAUGGAUGAGUAUAAGCAGUACUAUUAUGCUGCCCGGCCUGCAGCUCAAGGGAGGCCAUAUGGAGACAUCCAGAGCAGAGUGGAGCUGAGAAAGGCCUUGAAAUGUCAUACCUUCAAGUGGUAUCUGGAAAAUGUUUAUCCAGAACUUAGAAUUCCUGAGGAAUCACUCUACCAAUCUGGGCUAAUACGGCAGAGACAGAGAUGCCUGGAAUCCCAGAAAUCUGAAAGACAAGAGUUCCCAGUUGUGAUCCUGAACCCCUGCAUUAUCAGCAAGACCACAGCUGCAGUGGCACAGGAAUGGAUAUAUACUUACAACCAGCAAGUCCGUCACAGUCAGCUUUGCUUGUCUGUACAAACCCUCUUUCCAGGUUCCCAGGUGGUGCUCUUACCUUGUAAAGAAGGGGAUGGAAAGCAGCGAUGGAGUAAAGUUGGUUCUCACAUUGAGCACAUGGCCACCCGUUACUGCCUGGACACCGAAAUGGUGGGUGACACCAAUGAAAACUUGAGAGAAGUUGUCAUUAACCCUUGCGAGAGCACAGCCAUGAGUCAACGGUGGGAGAUGGUGAUGUCCUGACCACGCCUGGCAAGACGAUGGCCAAUCGAGCCAGGAGGAGCUUUGUGAAGCACAGCCAAAGCUGUCGUGCAAGCUUUGGGGGUGGGGUGGGGGCUUGCCUUAUAAUAGGGCACCAGCCAAAGAAUAAGGAGACUUAGCUGUGCCUAGGUUAAAUAAAGCACAUAAGUGCUGGCUCUGAGAGCCUCAGCAGUCAUUUGGCCCAGUGGGGAUGUACACCCAUAUGGUUAAGAACAACACAAUCGGAACAUUUCUUUCAAUAGCACCCCUCAUCUGUGGUUGAAGCAGGAAAGGCUUCUUGUUUUUGAGAAGGGAAAACUGCUGAAAUCAAUAAAUGCAGUUGUUAUUUUUGUCAUUGCAAAGGAGGUGGGACAGCCUUGGUUAAUAAGUGGGAGAUGGGUGGGGAAGAGAGUUAUCUAGUUAUGGGAGCACAGAAAUGAACACGUUGGGAAUUAGCUGAAAAGACCAACUAAUCUUGCACUUUUGAUUGAUGUAACUGAGCACAUCUCUGGAAGAGUGCCGGAUCUUAGCUAUAUUGCACAUUAUAAUUUGUUUGUGAUCGAUGU